UUACUUCAACCAAUGAUAUCAGUUUAGAUCGGUGGAUUGAAAUGCACUCCGAGAAGUUGUCGUUUGCGUACAACAGAGCUAAGGCAGAGAUACACCGCAAUGAAGAUGACAGAAAACAGAGACACGAUGCAGGAAAACUCGAAAAAGAUCUGCAAAUCGGUGACCGCGUAUUCAUAAGAAACGGGACUCAAAGGACGAGACAAGAUACAGGACAAGUGGAAAUCAGAGGUGUACACUAUUGUUGGUAAACCAUGCAACUCUGUAUAUAGUGUUAAAGUGGAAAACAGUGACUGGUGGAAUAAAGAAUGUGAAUAGGAUGGAAUUAAAACCGAUUUUCAAGGACUUUUGAUGUGUUUUUUUGUUGUUGUUUUUUUUUUUUUGUUUUUUUUUUUUUUUACAAAUCAUUGGUAAUUAUGAUUUUGUAAACUCGAAUUCUAUUUUGCUUCAUAUAAACUUCUAUUUGUAUUUAUUGUUUUUAGAUGUGAUGUUUCUGUAAUCUGAGGACAGAUUAACAAUUUUCGAGGGGAGUAUGUGAUAGUAUAAAUAUGAAUUUCUAUAUGUAUUUAUUCGUUUUGAUAUUUUUCAUUGAUCGUUUUGCUAAAUACAAUCUUAAAUUCAAUUUACCGUAGGUUCAAUUGCGCAUCUGGAUUGAGUUGGCUGAGUAAAGUUUUAUUCUGUUAUUUCAUUGGUUCUUUGAUUUCAUUGGUCAUUUCAUAUUUCUUUAUCCAAUAAUAGUCUUCGCGCUUACCUAUGUAGUUAGAGCAGUAAUACGUUUUGAAGAGUUACAACCAGCUGAUAUCUUCCGCAUCUUAUGACAGAUUGCUGAUCUCGAUGGAGUGAAAGCGAAUGAAGCAAAUAUGUUUACGUUAUAUCAACAAAUAAUUUUACUGUGGUUUUGUGCGGAAGUCUUAUCUCAAGGCUUGCCGAAGUAUUCACAAAGAAUGGACCUCAUCUUCCUAAUGGAUUCUUCAGGAAGCGUUGGCGGAAAUAACUUUAAGAAAAUGAAACAGUUUGUUAAGAGAUUGUUAAAUCCAGUCGACAUCGAUUUUGGAGACGUACAAGUAGGCCUGCUUUCUUUCAGCACACGUCCUACAAUAAAGUUUCAACUGAACACAUAUAAAACAAAACAGGACAUUUUCUCAGCCAUUGAUGGCGUACCGUGGCGGUUUGGCUACACCAAUACCGCAGAUGCUCUGCAAGAGAUGCAUGAAACAAUGUUUUCAAGAGAAAACGGCGACAGAAGGGAUGCUGGAAAUGUUUGCAUCAUUUUAACUGAUGGCGUUUCCAAUAUAAACUAUCGGAGAACAAUACCAGAGGCUAAUACAGCAAAAGAAAAGGGAAUCCGCAUUAUUUCGAUAGGAAUUGGACUACCAGACUUGAAGGAAAUAAGGGGAAUUGCCAGCGAACCGUACGAAUUAUAUGUAUUCCAUGCAGAAACAUUUGCUGAACUGUUAUAUCUACGAAUAGAACUUCCUAUGGAUUACAGGGUCCCUGGCAUUUUAUACAACGGUUUCGUAGACAAGACGGAGACAGGCAAACUAUGUCAGCGUUGGGAUUCUCAAACGCCACAUCAUCACCCAUAUGGGAGUCAUCCACUGGGAGAAGAAAACUACUGUCGGAAUUUUGACAAUGACAAACCUUGGUGCUUCACAGAUGACAGAAAUACCACGUGGGAAUAUUGCACUGUGAAUAUGUUUAAUGUCUAUUGCAGAACUCUAGGUGUACCCUACCGAGGGUUUCGAAACAGGACAGUAAGUGGGAAGGCCUGCCAGAGAUGGGACUCCCAGAGUCCCCACCAACACGAGUAUGGGGUGUACAGCCUGGCAGAUGAAAAUUAUUGUAGGAACUUUGACGGCGACAGACCUUGGUGUCUGACAAACGAUGAUAACACCACCUGGGAAUAUUGUGAUGUUCUCAGCUGUUCCAGUGAACUUUAUGACCUCGGGCGUCUGAGAAGCAAAUUUCCUUACACUAUCUCACCGCAAGGAAACUGUAUGUAUGGACUGUCCCACAAGUGUCGAUAUUUGAAAGGACUUGUUUCGGCAAUGAUGUCAGCACCAGAUUUGUUCAAUAAAAAUUCCCCGGAUGAAGAUACCUUGGAAAGGGCCAUUUCUUUGCAGUUAGAUGCAAAUAUAUAUGCCGAAUGCGUAUCCCCUGUGACGUAUUUAGAGCAGAGAAAUAAAGACCAGGAAUGCUAUGCUAUGUUUAUAACGGAUAUUGUAAAGUCAAACAACGAAAGCCAAUUUUGCAGAUCUGUAACCAGGUUUAUUAACUGCAAAAUGUCGUUCGUAAUGACGACCCAGAACGUGACUUUUCUGGUAAAAGACAAAAUUCACGUGAUCGCCAGACUUCUAGGAGAACUGGAGUACAUAGCAGUAAAAACGUACCCCUGUGAUGUUGAAGAUAUGAUUUUAACAACAAAUGAGCAGUGGGACGGGGGAGCAGGCCCGGAGAGUUACCAUGUAACAGCGGAACACGUGACCGAGGCUUAUUUACUAGACUGUCAUGUUGCUGGAAUGGCUUACAUAGGGACUCAGAACGUGACGGUGUCCGGGUACCCUUGUCAGCGGUGGAGAGACCAGUAUCCCCAUCGACAUCUCUAUGGGACUCUGUACACGGCUGACCACAACUACUGUAGGACUUUUGACAACGGCAGGCCCUGGUGUUUCACGGUCAAUCGAAACGUUCCCUGGGAAUACUGCAACGUUUUGAUGUGUGACAACGUUUGUUUCAAUGAAACAAAACUUCUAGCUGUCAGCCAAGAAAACAAUGAAACAUGUCGUAUUGAAGAAGAACCCGUAUGUAGAUCACUGCAGACAUAUCUACAUUGUUUGAAAGAUAACAUCGAGAUGCUUUACGAUGUAACUUGUCCCGACUCCCCGGUGUUGCAUAGAAAUAUGCUAGCGGUCUUACUGGAUUCUAAAAAUAUAUCCAUGGAAACUUUCCUUGGUUGUUUUCCAUCGCCAUAUUCUAAUAUCAAGAGUUUAACAACAAAAAGUAAAGGAGUGACACGAUUCAGUGACCAGUCAGCUUAUUGCAAAUGGGUAAUCAACAACAUUAACAAAGAGAUUUCAGAGCUCUCCAAGAUCCACAAGACAGUUUGGGACUGGCGAGAGAAGAUCGUUAUAGCGAGGAAUCUACAGAAGGAAUUGGAGGCGAACGACGGGGAUUUAACAAUAGAACACUGUGUGCUGUCUAUAUUCGACACAAAGAGCAAAGCGAAACUGUACAACAGACACCAGAAAGUAAGCAGUGAGGACUGGUAUAUCCUUCUUAUCGGUUUCAUAUCUGCAACCAAUGUUCUACUGGGUUUUACAAUUAUCUACAAUGUUGUAGAUGUCAUCAAAACAAAAAACAAAUGGGAACGCCGACUACAGAUAAUGGCCCAAUGGAUAAGCCUAAAGAAACGGAAGCAGUCGGAGUUCUAUUGCGAAAUCGAAGAAGUAAUCGAUUCGUCAGAUGACAUGGAUGAUGCACCAUACGAACACCCGCUUCAGCAAGAAACAGUGACGUCAGAUUACUCCGUGCUUCGUCACACGAUUUCUGUUGAUGUAAUGAGCGAGAUGUCGCUUGGUUUGAGAUCUUUGUUUGGGGAGAAGAAUGGAGAAGGGAGUGAUGAACAAAUAAACAUGGAAAAACUCUGAAGAACUGAUGGCACAAUUGCGGAUCCAGAAAUUUCUGAACGAAGGGCGGGGGAGAGGAGGGGCAGUAAAAAGGUUGGAUGUCUUAAGGACCCUUAGUGGGUCCAAAGCAAAGCCAUGAUGGGUAUUGCGAAGUUCUGCCAAAAUAUAUAGUAUACUUUCAGUGUUUUUCUAAAAAAAAAAAAAAAUUAACAUAUUUGUUGAGGAGGUGCUCCAACGCUGGAUCCGCCUCUUAUUGCUACAAUACUGCAAUCGGGUUAAGAUAAUUACCAAAAGAUUUUCAAUUUGCCAUUCCUAGGUAAUACAUUACUGUUUGUGUAAACACCAAAAGCAGUAAAAACAUACAGUCUGACUGUUUUGUUUCGGGUUUUUUAUUGUAAUUUUUUUUGACAUUUCUUAGUAUUUAUGUGCAUGUUUUUCUAAACGAAAUACGGUUGCUUCUCCCACUCUUCAUUAAAGGACUUCUAGCAUAAUUUUUGUUAUGAAUAUAUUCCUCAACAUUGAUGCUCAUAAAAUAUACUUCAAAUACUGUUAUGAAUUCAUUUUAUCUAUGACUCUUUAUAUCAACUUAUUCAAUCUAUGUUUGUAUUUUUUUAAUAUACUGAGACUGUAAACUAUUUUUCAUAAUAAAAUCAUUCAAUUAAAAG